CGCUUCCCCGACGUGCUGUGUUCCUCGCAGCCAUGGUCGUCGCCGCCUCCUCCGCCGCCGCACUGCACCGCAUGAGCUCGCAGCUCGUCGCGGCCGUCGAGCGGCACUCCGUGCGAGUCCGGCCCGCCGGAGCGCCCAUCCACGCCGCCGACGGCGAGCUGCUCUUUUCGCUGUUGGGCGAGCUCCGACUCGACAGUCACGAGCCGCUGCUGCGCGAGCUGCCCUCCGUUGCGCCGGGUACCACUCCCUGCCCGGCGGACGUCGGCGCCGCCGUCGACUUGCGCGCCUUUGUCGGAGCCGUCGGCGCCAGCGCUGCCGCAAACCCGCUGCUGUGCAUCCUAGCUGAGCGACUGAGCAGCAGCGCGGUGCCGUCGGAGCUGGACGACGAGUCCGCGUAUCAGUUGGUGCACCACUGCCUCCUCCUCGACCUCGUCACCCGCGCGCUUGCCGCAGAUCCGGAGCUCGCCGCGGCGGUGUACGCGCGGGCGCGCGGGACGGUGCACGCGACAGAGGGCUGGUGGCGGCCGCUGGGAAUCUUUGAGCUCGCCAAGCUCAAGACGGUGGAGAUGACGCUCGAGCGCUUCGUCGAGCACCGCCGCGCCGGCAACCUCCCCGCCAACUUUGGACACAUUGGGCUGCCUUUCAAUAUCUUGGAGGCGGUGAUGCAGGAGGCCUCGCCCUCUCCCUCGCCUCGCCCGGCAUGGGGUCCGCCGGGGCGCCGGGCCGUGGCGCGUCGCCCUAGAAGCGGAAGACGUGCUCUUUGUCUUCUUCCAAAGCCUGCGCUCGAGAGGACACGCACUCAGCUGUGUUCGACCGUACUCCGC